ACUGAGCCACUCGGCUGGCCCUGAAUAAUUAAUAUUCUUAAAGUAGAUUUCGUCUUAACAAUCACAAAUCCUUUAUUAUCUAUUAGCAUCAUACUCUUAAGCAUUCUCAUUUGAGGCUGUCUUUAAGUAACAAAUGGUACCUGAGAUGUGCAGUUGUUCCUUCACAUUUCCAUUUCUUAUCUGCAACAUGUACAAUGAUUUAAAUAAGCAGCACAAGGCUCACAGCCUCUGAGUAAUUGCUAUCUUGCAUCCCCCUCCAUGCUAUUUUUCCAACCCCAAAUUCCUAGUUAAACACUAUCAGCGUUCUGGGGACCACUCUUUCAUACAUUGUUCUAUACACAUAUAUACAUAAUUUAACAAAAACGGGAUCAUAUUUAUGUAUUUGUGUUUUUAUUGUGGUCAAGUUCAGCUGCAUCAAAAGCAUUUUUAGGUACUUAAUUCAGGCAGCUGUAAAGUAAAAAAAAAGGCCAUUUUUGUCAGAUACUAUAGCAUCUUUAUACCCAUGUUUCAAUAUUGUAAAUGUUCAUUAUGUUUUUAAAUGUUUUUGUCCAUGUUAGUGAACCUUUGAUGGACUCUGCUUUAAAUAGUCCUUAUCACAGUGAUGUGCACAUUCUGUCUUAAUAUUAACAAUUAUGAAUGUUUAUCUCAUUAAUAAUGUACAUUUCCCAGUGCCAAGUGAGAUGACCACAUUACUGUAAAGGAUUCCUGGAAGUCUGAGUCACAAGCAUCAGUGACAAGAACUGCAGGUUUGGGUGGUGGUGGCUGGGGGACUUCCUGGCUCAAACAGGAAUUAGACAAAAAAGUAGUCUUGAAGCUGACAGCUUAGGACUUACAUGGUGGCACAAUGAUGCCAUAAGGGAUCCAGCCUCUUUGAACUGUUCUGCUCGGCUAUCCUUGGAAUGUACGUCUUUGUUCUCCUGUUUGUUGCUUCAUGAUUGAACUGUGGCUGCUGCACCUUUGGCAUCUUAUUCCUCCAGGAAGAAAGACAGGUGUAGGGCAGGGAUGAGCUUUGAUCUGCAGGAAACAUCCAUCUAAGAGCUUUCCCAGAAGCCCCAGUAGCAACUUCAACUGUCAUCUUAUUGGCUAGAACUGAGUCAAAUGGCUGCCCCUAGACAUGGGUCUAAAAAAAUGUUUUUAGCUAGAAUUAAGGUUCCAUUAGGAUGACCAAAUACCAGAGAGCAAAAGACGAGAUUUCUGCUAUAGAAAACCUGAGCGAGCUGUCCUUAUUCCAUGACAAGAAAUAAAGGGGGCUUCACUCUUAUUUCAGAAGCGCAUUGAGAGGGGAUGGCUAAGACAUGAUAGGUGUCCCACCAUAAAGCACGAGGUGAAGGAAGAGAGGGCGGAAGGGGGCCUGCUGCAUGAGCUGUUGAGACGAAGAAUCGCCCCGUCACUAGCCCUUCUGAAGCUGAGAGGGGAAGAGACCAGCUCCCCCAAAUCCCCUAUAUAACCUGCUUGCAUUCUUCUUUAAGUGGAAGCCUGGAGCUGUAAAAAUGCACAUCUAACAAACUACCUUGGGGUACUGACUCCUAAGCCCGCGCAGAAAAUCGAGUAAGUCAGCUUUGGGCAGUGGACUGACUUCACCUUGCGUUACCACGUCUAAGCCAAAACCCAGAAAAAUAACACUGCCAUCCCUAUGCCUUUCCCACUGUACUGAACACACAGUAGGUGCUCAGGAAACACGCGUCAACUUUUGUGAAGACGAAGAGUAAAGAAAUGGAAAGGAACGUUUAUUGGAGAGAUUGCCACACGGCAGAACUACACCACAGGGCUUCCACACAGAGCUCGUUUUACUCAUCAGCGCUCAGGUAGGCAUGACCCGCUCCAUGCACAGGCGUCAACUGAAGUUCAGAAAGGUUCGCCGGCAUCCCACGUAGAGGUAGAUUUCAGGUUUAUCUUGAAAGCAUUUGCUCCUUAUGCAAAAUACCCCACGGGCUCUCUCUCCUCCGCCAAAGCUUCUGAUACGGUGCUUUGCCGACCGGCGACAACAAGGAAUUCUGAGCAGAAGUCUGAUUCAGUAUCGGGAAGGAUGGUAACUUUCGCACAGGCAACUCUUAGGAUGGAGGAACACUUGCCACAUCUUCAGGGUGUGGUCACAACAGGAUACGCUACGUCCAGCUACGCUACCGGCGAGGCCUGAGUGCGGCUGGGGGUUGGGGCCGAGCGGAAGGUCAGAGCAGGCCGGCUCCCACGCACCCGACAGGCCUCGGGGUUACCAAGAACUCGGCCCCGAGCGUCCUGGGGGAACCCCGGCGCCGCGGGCGGCAGCGGACCGGCGGUGCUACGCGUCCGGUCGGGCCGCGCGUGACGCACUUCCGCCUCGUCUUCCGCUUUCAGGGGCCCCGGACCUCACAACAACAAAACCGGCGCGCUGGCGGCCGGCGCCGCGGCUCCAGUCCCCGCCCUCCUGCCACCUGCGGCCGUGGGGGCCGCACCGGGCCCUGCGCCGCGCCGCCCUGCCCUGCCCGCGGGGUCGGGCUGACAGCGGGGCGCGCCCUUCGGCCAACUUUUCCCGCGGACACCGCGCCUCCUCGCGAGACCCGGGGCGGGCCGUGGCCGCGGCUGCACAGCAGGAAGGGAGCGGCCGCGGCGGAGGACGCCCGGCCGGACUGUGCGGCCGGCGGCCCUACCCGGGAGCAGAAGGCGGGGGGCCCCGCGGCCUCGUCUCAGUCCCGAGUCCGGUGGAGCCCCGCGGAGCGGACCUGGCGGGGAACGCUGCACGGCCGGCCGGGACCCCACACGCCGCCGCCGCCCCUGUCCAUCAUCCUUGGUACCGGCGAUGGCCUUUGUAUCGUCCGAUGCGCUUGUGACUGGCUUGGAUACGGAGUAUUAAGAGCUCACUCGUUUCCGUCCGCAUCCCCGUAGCGCCGGGAGUAACCAUCUCACCUCCUUGGGGCUCAACUGCUGCUCCUCUUAACUCUCUUCGACUUUGGGGGCACCAUGGACCAAAGUGGGAUGGAGAUUCCUGUGACACUCAUCAUUAAAGCUCCGAAUCAGAAAUACAGUGACCAGACUAUUAGCUGCUUCUUGAACUGGACCGUGGGAAAACUAAAAACGCACCUGUCUAACGUGUACCCUAGCAAACCACAAGAUGAGUAUCAUAUGGUUCAUCUAGUCUGUACUUCUCGGACUCCUCCCAGCUCCCCAGAUUCCAGCACCGGUAGAGGAAGCCAUGAAGCCUUGGCAUCCAGCAGCAAUCCUAGUUCAGAUCAGUCAGGAUCAACAACUCCAUCAUCCAGUCAAGAACCCUUGCCGUUAGCUGCCAGUUCUUCCUCAGAAGGCUUGAGGCAACGCACCCUUCCACAAGCACAAACUGACCCAGCACAGAGUCAUCAGUUCCCGUAUGUAAUGCAAGGAAAUGUGGACAACCAGCUUCCUGGACAAGCUGCUCCGGCCGGGUUCCCAGUGUACCCCGCGUUCAGCCCCCUGCAGAUGCUGUGGUGGCAGCAGCUGUAUGCUCAUCAGUAUUAUAUGCAAUAUCAGGCUGUGGUUUCAGCUCAGGCCACACCAAAUGCCAGCCCAGCCCAGCCCGCUCCCCCACAGCCUCUAAAUUUGGCACAUGCUCCUGGAGAAGAACCCCCACCAGCUCCAAACCUAGUGGCCCAAGAAAAUCGACCCAUGAAUGAGAAUGUUCAGAUGAACGCACAGGGAGGCCCAGUGCUAAACGAAGAAGACUUCAACCGAGACUGGCUGGACUGGAUGUACACGUUCUCACGCGCUGCGAUCCUCCUCAGCAUUGUCUACUUCUACUCUUCCUUUAGUCGGUUUAUCAUGGUCAUGGGAGCCAUGCUACUGGUUUAUUUACACCAAGCUGGAUGGUUUCCUUUUAGGCAGGAAGGAGGUCAGCCGCAGGCCCCCAACAAUAACGCCGAGGUGAAUGAUGGGCAACAUGCAAAUAACCUAGAACUUGAAGAAAUGGAGCGUCUUAUGGAUGAUGGGCUUGAAGAUGAGAGUGGAGAAGAUGCAGGUGAAGAUGCCAGUGCUAUUCAAAGGCCUGGAUUAAUGGCGUCAGCUUGGUCUUUUAUCACCACCUUCUUUACUUCACUGAUACCAGAGGGGCCUCCCCAGGUUGCCAAUUAGACCUGAAAAAACUGUGCCAGCUGCAAGAAGAGUCUGGCCUUAGGAAAGUGUUUGAAAUAACAGUGCAAUUUCAAAAAAAAUUUUUACUUUCUUUCAUUAUCAUGUACAGAGGUAUUUUUUUCUUUAAGCUUCUCAUGCAUAUGAAUAUUUUAAGCACAAAUGGACUACUAAAUGUGUUUUUUUUUGAGAUCCUAACAGAAUAUAGCGUAACAAUAUUGAUCUUGCAGGUUCUAUCAAUUUCAAUUAUGUAUAUUAUAUCAGACCUAUUUGUGCAUCUUAUUUCUUUAAAGAGCUGCUUCACAUAUAAGUGUCUAUAACUAACAGUCCAGCCCUUCAUGUGUAAUUUGAAUAAAUAUAUCUAUUUUCUGUGAAUUAUCCUGAAAGUUUUAAACAAAAUAACCUCAAAGUUUUUAAUAAAGAUUAUUUACCUUAAAGUAGCAUCUUGCCCAACCAUAAAGCAAUAAACUUCUCAAUAAUCUUGGUUUUGACAUUUGAAUAAAUAAUGGAAACUUUCUAUUUUAAGGGCAUGUAUCCCAUCAAUUGGAAUUAGUAUCUUAAAAAAAAAAAGGCAGCUCUUCAAUGGAAUUAAUAGUGAUAUAAAAUGUUUGAUAUAGGCAGUACUUUUAUAAAAUAAGAUAUGCUGGAAAUCAAUCCCUGUAAUUUUUUAAAAUAAAAGGUCAAUUAUGGUAAA